AUGGAGGGCGUUGAUCUGACCAAGGCCAUGCUGAACAAAGGCAAACAGAUCGCAAGUGUCGCUGCCUCGGCCGCCAAUGGCAACGGCGGAAAGAAAAGGAGAAAGGGCACCGACUUGAAGCCCAUCGUUACCAAUGAGGCUGCCGGCGAGCCGACAGAAUCAACCGGCGCCGCACCAACCAACGCCAAGGCUAUGGGAGCGACCGCUUCGCGAUCGCCCUCCGCCUCUUCAGGCGACGAGGUCGAAACCACCGCUGAGGAAGAAGACUCCGAGGAUUACUGCAAAGGUGGCUACCACCCGGUCGCCGUGGGCGAAACUUACAACAAUGGUCGCUACGUGGUAGUGCGCAAGCUGGGAUGGGGUCAUUUCUCCACCGUGUGGCUGUCGAGAGACACCACCACGGGCAAACACGUCGCGCUGAAGGUUGUCCGUUCCGCCGCCCACUACACCGAGACCGCCAUCGAUGAGAUCAAGCUGCUCAACCGAAUCGUUCAAGCGAAACCUUCGCACCCGGGACGCAAGCAUGUCGUGAGCCUGCUGGACUCUUUUGAACACAAGGGGCCGAAUGGAGUGCACGUAUGCAUGGUGUUCGAGGUGCUGGGUGAGAAUCUGCUUGGUCUGAUCAAGCGCUGGAAUCACCGCGGCAUCCCAUUGCCGUUGGUCAAGCAGAUCACCAAGCAGGUCUUACUUGGUUUGGAUUAUCUGCACCGGGAGUGCGGGAUCAUCCACACGGAUCUGAAACCCGAAAAUGUGUUGAUCGAAAUUGGCGAUGUCGAGCAGAUUGUCAAGGCUCAUGUUCAGCAGGAAGAGGCGAAAAAGAACAAGGAAGACAACCGAAAUGGGCGACGACGAAGACGCACUCUAAUUACUGGCAGUCAACCUUUGCCCAGUCCGUUGAACACCAGCUUUAGCAGCUUCGACUUUAAGCACAGCUCUUCCAACUCGCACAGCAGUCUCAACCAGAUGGUCAAUGAGUCUGCACCGGCAGAACCCCCAUCGAUGAGGGAGACCCUUGGUAUCAAGGAUGAGGAAGAUAAACACAAGGAGCGAGAGAAGACAACCGAUCUCCUGGAGAGAGAGGUUUCGGGUAUCUCCCUUGACAAAGCUCCAUCGCGGGACAGUGAGGACGAGAUCGACGCUAGCAUUAUCUCUGUCAAGAUCGCUGAUCUGGGCAACGCAUGCUGGGUGGGGCACCAUUUUACCAACGACAUCCAGACUCGCCAAUAUAGAUCGCCUGAGGUCAUAUUGGGUGCCAAAUGGGGCGCCAGCACUGACAUUUGGAGCAUGGCUUGCAUGACCUUCGAAUUGAUUACCGGAGACUACCUCUUCGAUCCCCAAUCAGGCACCAAAUACGGCAAAGACGACGACCACAUCGCGCAAAUCAUUGAACUCCUGGGUCCAUUCCCCAAAUCGCAGUGCCUUUCCGGCAAGUGGUCUCAAGAGAUCUUCAACCGCAAAGGCGAGCUCCGCAACAUCCACCGCCUUCGCCACUGGGCUCUCCCUGACGUCCUCCGCGAGAAAUACCACUACAGCGUCGAAGAUAGUAUGCGAACCAGCGAGUUCCUCCUACCCAUGCUAGAACUCUCGCCCGAGAAACGUGCCAAUGCUGGUGGCAUGGCUGCACAUGAGUGGAUGCAAGAUACACCCGGUAUGAGCGGGAUCGAUCUCGGUAUUGCGCCUGGGACGCGCGGCGAAGGGAUUGAUGGUUGGGCGGCGGAGUGCAAGCGGCGAUAA